CCUGCUCCUUUCGACUCUCCUCCUCCUCACCCUUCCUUUCCACCUCGCCCGCUCACCUCGACCUAACUUUCCUCUCCAUCAUCUCUCCCUCACCUUUCCCUCAUCUACUUACUACCGUCGCCACUCAUUCGUUACAAUUGCCAUACCAGCAUUUAUCACACAUUGAUCAGCAUCCAGUCACAUAUACAGACUUCCAUCCGCACGUCGCCAAGCAAGCAUGCGUGCCGACGCCCUCUUGGGCCUCCUUGGGGUUGCUGGCCUCACAGGUCUAUCAUCCGCUCAGCAAUACGGCAAUUCUCCUGGCACCUCUGGAAAUGGAGGCAAUCCUAAUGGCGGAUCAAGUCCGCCUCCUGGGUCUGGUCCUCAGACUGGAUCAAAUCCCGACACUGGGUCCAGCCCUGGUACUGGCACCGGUUCAAAUCCUAACAAUGGACCUGGUAACGGAUCUGGCAGCGGACCUGCCGUUGGAACUUGUCCUGUUCCGCCAACUACUACUGUUUUUGUCACCAUCACGCCUGCAUUUCUUCCCACUGCUGUCUCAACUGUCCUCUCUACUGUCACCGUUUCUGUAUCUCCUGGUUCUGGUAGUCCUGGUCAAGGCGGCCCUAAUCAAGGCGGCUCGGGCACCGUUCCUUACAUCACAUCUUAUCUGCCAUCCGCUUCUAGCUCCUUCCCAUGGUCUCCUGCUGGCGUAUCACCAACCAAUCCUGUUGCCUGGUCUACAGACUUCCUGACUCUCACUUUGCCUCCUGGCCCGGGUCAAGCAUCUCCUAGCACCAUCACCUAUACCAUUGUCUCUCCGCUUGGUUACAAUCCUUCUGACACCAAUUACAGCGGCCACCCACAAACCAUAACUGUUACCCAGCCUGCGGGUGGGCCGGGAAAUAGUGGUGCUCCUGGCGGUGCGCCAGGUGGCGGAUUGAGUGGCGUUCCUGGUCAAACAAGUGGCCCUGGCGGCGCUGGCAGUGGUGGUAACCCCAAUAUUGGUACUGGCACUGCACCUCUUACGAUCACCGAAACUAUACCGGCUGGUAGCUCCCCCAACGGGGGUUCUGGUGGCUCUGGUGGAAAUCCCAACAUCGGUACAAGCCUUACUCCUCUUACGAUCACUCAGACUGUCCCAGCUGGUGGUUCACCCAAUGGAGGCCCCGGUGGUUCCGGAGGCAACCCCAAUGCUGGUUCUAAUUCCCUACCUCUUACCAUCACCGAAACUAUUCCGGCUGGUGGCCUACCUAACGGUGGCCCGGGUGGUCCUGGUGGAAAUCCCAACAUCGGUACAAGCCCUACUCCUCUUACGAUCACUCAGACUGUCCCAGCUGGUGGUUCACCCAACGGUGGUCCCGGUGGUUCCGGAGGCAACCCCAAUGCUGGUUCUAAUUCCCUACCUCUUACCAUCACCGAAACUAUUCCGGCUGGUGGUUUUCCCAACGGUGGUCCCGGUGGUUCUGGAGGCAACCCCAAUGCUGGUUCUAAUUCCGUACCUCUUACUGUCACAGAAACUAUUCCGGCUGGCGGCUCAACCAACGGUGGCCCGGGUGGUCCUGGUGGAAAUCCCAACCUUGGUACAAGCCCUACUCCUAGGCCUCCUUUUACUUUUACCGAGACUGUUCCAAAUGGUGGCCCAGGCAACGGUGGACAGGGUAACGGACAACCUACAGGCAUUCCCUACGACACCGGCAAUUAUCCUACUCCUACAUAUCCGUACACCAUCACCGUUACUGUGCCUAAUGGUGGCAUUACAGCAUCGAACCCCUCUUCAGGUGGGUUCCCACCUGGCGGUCCUAAUGGUUCCAAUGGUCCCGGUGGUCAAGGUGGCAUAUCCAUUAUCCCCACUAUAGUAUCCCCUAUUCCAUCUGGCCCAUUCUCUGGUACGUUUGGUAUCUCCUCGUCUCCAUCUCAGACUGAGAACCCUUGGGGUCCCUUUGGUGGUCUCACUCCUUCAAGUCAGUACACAGGAACAGCUCCUAAUGGAGGUAGUGGAUCUGAGGGCAGCCAACCUCUACCAACGAUCACAAUCACGUUUCCUGGAGGCUCUCCGAGUAACCCCAACGGCGGUGCAGGUGGUCCUCUGCAAACACUUACGGUCACAGGUCCUAACGGAUUACCAACUGGCCCAAAUGGGAGUCAAGCUGGAGGUCAAUCUCCUCAGACUCUCACCGUCACGGCACCUAACGGAUCACCAACUGAGCCUAAUGGUGGCGUGGGUGGCAGCGAACCCCAGACACUUACAGUUACUGUACCCAACGGCCCAGGCGGUAGCGGACCACUACAGACACUCACCGUCACUGUUCCUAAUCAGCCAUCAACAGGACCUAGCGGGGUUGCAGGUGGAAAUGAGCCUCUUCAGACAAUUACCGUCACUGUGCCUAAUGGUUCGGGUGGAAACGGACCACUUCAGACUCUUACCAUCACCGUGCCCAACGGAUCGCCGACCGGACCCAACAACGGUGGCGCAACUGGGGGUGCACCUUUACAGACACUGACUAUUACCGUUCCCAAUAGUGGGACGAAUGGCAACGGACCCCUUCAAACAUUCACUGUUACUGUCCCUAACGGAUCACCGACUGGGCCCAGUGGUGGUGCAGGUGGUAGCGGACCACUCCAAACGCUCACCAUUACUGUACCCAAUGGAGGUACGAAUGGGAACGGCCCCCUUCAAACACUGACUGUCACCGUUCCCAACGGAACGCCCAACGGCCCCAACGGUGGAUCAGUCGGAAGCCAGCCUAUUUACACAGUUACUGUUCCGGCACCGACCGGAUCGCUGACUGGGCCUAACGGCGGUGAAAGUCAGAGCCUGCCGCCACCUACACUCACUGUUACGAUCCCCGGACAGUCCCCUACAAGUUAUGGUGAAUCAUCCAUACCCCAAGGUAGCACUGGGAGUAGCCAACCACUUCCUACUAUUACCAUCACAGUACCAGCAGGAUCAGGCACUGGUAAUGGCGGUGGACCUAGUCAGAGCCAACCCCUUCAAACCCUUACAUUGACUAUCACUGGUGAGGAAGGACCGGGUGGAAUCCAGCCCCUUGAGACAAUAACUGUUACCAUUCCUUCUGGAAGUCCCGGUGGCGGGGCUGGUGGCCCUGAAUCUGGGCAAAGCCAACCACUCCAAACUCUUACUGUCACACUGCCAGCUUCUCACAGCGAGCUAGAGGGCGAACCACAUACCAUUACCAUGACAGCCACAGGCGGAUCACCAAGCAACAGCAAUUUCCCAGGUUCCAGUGGUCAAGGCACUACGUCUUGCGACGAGAACGGACCCGGCUUGCCAAGCGGUGAACCAUGGUCCCCAUCGCAGACCGGAGGUAACCCCGGUGGUCAAGGAAGUCAACCUGGAGGGCAGUCGUCCGGUCCUUGGCCAACCCAGUCUGCAGGCGGACAAGGCCCAUCAGGCUCACCAUCAAGCGGCCCUUUCCAGACUUCCAAUAACCCUAACGGCGCUGGUCCGUCCGGCUCUCCGUCGAAUGGGCCUUGGUCACCUUCUUCUGCUGAUAACCCAGGGGGCUCGCCAGCCAGCACUUAUCCAUGUACUGAGCGUGGGCCUGGCGCUUCACCAUCGGCAUCCGAUACGGAGGGAUCGCCAUUUCCAGUAAUCACUUUGACCCUGUCUGAGAUACCAAUUCAACCAAGCAGCGGCAGCAAUGGCGGCUCUCCAUUCCCUCCCGGAUCUCAGAGUAGUCCAGCAAAUCCAAACAGUGCGCUGAACCCUAGCUCAGCUGAAGAAGGUAGUCCAUCUAGCGGCAUACCUGGGUCUUCGGGCAAUCCCACCUCGUCAGGGAGUUCGAAUGCUCAACCUGAGCCCAGUCCAAGCGGUGGGUACGGUGCGCCUUUAGUGAGCGAAAGCACUCUUUUCCCCUCUCAGGACUCGGGAAACAGCGCCGUCAACUCUAAUCUAGGCCCAACCACGACUCCAGCGCUACCCUUCUCAUCGGCUCCUAGUUCUCCAUCAUCUAUUACCAACGGUCCUUCUCGUGGACCCUUCUCAUCUGUUCCAAGCAGCGGCUGGAACUUUUCCACAUCUGCCUCUCAGGAAGGACCAGCUAGUGAAUCAACCAGCUCUCCCGUCGCGGGCUCUAAUCCCAGCGAGACCACUUCUUGUACUGAUUCAACCACAAAUCAAGGUGGAUCGGCCUCGACACCCUUGUCGCCUAGCUUUUCAUCACCCGUAUCGCCCGCAUUGACUUCACCUAGUGAGGCAGCUGCCACAUCGCCAUCUGCAGGCGGCCCUGCCGGCGGCUCAAGCCCAGAGACCCCUAUCGGCUGCCUAUCCAUGACAACAAUGGUAAUCUCAACGAUGACGUUCUCGUGGUGUGAUCAAGUGGCAUCCUCUACACCAGCCGAAGCUGGCCCAACCGGGCAAGCUAGCAUUCAAAAUGUUGGAAGUUCGGCAACCAAUUCCCUUUCACCAACCUCCCCCGCUGGUGGAUACGAGUUCGGUUCUGCCUCGAUGGGUAAACGAUCAGCUACAACGAUUGAUAUUGUUUUCAACUCAGUUAUGAAUAUUCCAUCAACGUUGGCCACUGUCAUCCUUCCAUCCCCUUCAACCGAGGACGCUCUCGCACCGAGUGAGACUACUUACUGUGGUGGCCUUACUGCUCGAGGUAAUUUCAUUCAGAAUUUUGAUGACCUCCUACCCCAGAACGUGGGUCUUCAAGAUGAUCCCAAGCCUAUGCCGAUACUCGCUCCCUACCAUCGUUUCUAUUACUCAGGCGGCUUCACUGUUCUUCCGCCCCCAGCCGCUCAUUUCAAACCUUCCUCUGGUAAUCUCAUGAUCCAAUUCACACCAUCGUCUAUUUCCAACACUUCUCAGCCGGGAAUACCUCCUGAUACGGCUGCUAUCAGCGUUGGACCUCAGCAACUUGCAACUUGCUUCUCGUUCAACUUCACUCAAGCCAGCAUUGGCUGCGAUUCCAAGGAUGUGCCUUGUUCAUUCGCCUUCGCAGGUUUCAAAUAUGAUCGAGUCAAACAAGCCGCCACUAAGGUUGUAUCGCAAACAGUCGACGUUCCUGCUUGUCCAGAGGCGACGAACUGUGCAUUAACUCCAAUUUCCGUCUCAGGGUUUGAUGACAUAACCUCAAUGACUAUACAGGCACAAGCCGACGACAAACCUACCAUCUGGUGGGCGGACGAUUUCACUUUCGGUUGGUUCGAGGAUACCUGUGAAUCUGCAAUGUGUCGUUCUAGAAUCCCCAAUGAUAUCACGAAACCCAGCUGGUCUGUCACGGGUCGACGAGCUGCAUCCAAAUUGAUGAGCCUUGUCAGAAUUUGGCAUUGAUAAUGCGACACUUGAUCUUUGAUUGAUUGAGUGUGAUCGGAAUAUUUCACUUGCUUCACACAGAAAUUUGCUUGUAAUUUAGCGGCGGUCGUCAUGUGGUCAAGGCUAUUACCUUGCCUUCGACAUAAUACUUAUGGUGGAUGGAAGUCACAGGUAGAUAAAAUCACACAUCUGGCAAUUUUUGGUCGAUCCAGAAUGUAGCUAUUCCUGACGAUCUCAAGUCAGAUCAUCAUGUCAUACCGCAAUUGAUUUUGAUCUCUUGGUA